GAGUUUGCACACCACAAAGCUUCCUACCUUCACCUAUUCUCCAGGUAACUGCUCGAAGCAAUCAGUCCAAGAUACAAUAUUACAUAUUCCAUCCAUUGCCACCACAAUAUGGCACCAAGUCUCUUGCUAGACCCAGAGUCGCCGCCCUCAUCUCAUGUCCACGCAGUCAAGCAACCCUUGCACCACGACGGGAGUAUCUCGCUCAAGGACGCCCAGGCUUCUGUCGGCGACGACUUUUCUUUUUCUUCCACAGCCAUGAACGGUAAUGGUAACGGCAGUGUCAACAGCAACAAUGGCUUUUCAUCUGGCAAUGGUUUCUCAGAUGCUCUUCAAGACGGACGCGAUUUCGUUACUGCACAAACUCUUCGUCAGCAAUCUGAAAGCUAUGCAACUCAGACUCGCACCAUGGGGGACGGAAAGCAUCCCAACAUCUUGUACAUUAUGGCCGAUCAGAUGGCUGCACCCAUGCUAAAGUUCAAUGACCCAGAGUCAGUUAUCAAGACACCUCAUCUUGAUGAGCUUGCCAGGACCGGCGUCAACUUUGCGAGCGCUUAUUGCAACUCACCCUUGUGCGCACCGUCUAGGUUCACCAUGUGCAGUGGCCAGCUGCCGUCCAAAAUUGGCGGCUAUGAUAACGCUUCCAUCCUAAGUCCAGAGAUCCCUACCUACGCCCACUACCUCCGCCGAGAAGGCUACGAGACUGCGCUCGCAGGAAAGAUGCACUUUAUUGGCCCUGAUCAGCUCCACGGAUUUGAGCACCGACUCACCUCCGACAUCUAUCCCGGUGACCUCGGAUGGUCUGUCAACUGGGACAAGCCAGAGGAGCGCCAGGAAUGGUACCACAACAUGUCUUCGGUCAUGCAAGCCGGACCUUGUGUGCGAUCCAACCAGCUCGACUAUGAUGAGGAUGUCAUGCACAAGGCCCAACAGUACCUUUACGAUUACGUUCGAUCAGACCCUGAGACUCGGCGACCUUUCGCUUUGACCAUCUCUCUGACCCACCCACACGACCCUUAUACCAUGAUUCAGGAGUACUGGGAUCGAUAUGAAGGCGUCGAUAUCCCUUUGCCCAAGGUUGAGAUCGCACAAGAGAACCAGGACUCUCACUCCAAGCGUCUGCUCCAGACCAUCGAUCUGUGGGACAAUCCUGUCCCGGAUGAGGCGAAAAUCCGCGCUCGCCGUGCCUACUUCGCCGCGUGCAGCUUUGUCGACGACCAGGUUGGCAAGCUUGUCAGGCUCCUCAAGAACUGCCAGCUAGACAAGGACACCAUCAUUGUCUUUUCCGGAGACCAUGGCGACAUGCUUGGCGAGAGGAGCUUGUGGUACAAGAUGAGUUGGUACGAGAACAGUGCACGAGUACCGAUGAUUAUCAACGGACCCAACAUCGCGCCAAAGAAGGUUAAUGAGUCGGUAUCAACCAUGGAUCUUCUACCAACUUUUGUCGACCUAGCUGGUGGACAAGUCGAUGAGCGCCUUCCAUUGGACGGCUCUAGUCUUCAUGACUACCUUGUUUCAGAUAAACCAGGCAAGGAUGAGGUAUUUGGUGAGUACAUGGGUGAAGGCACCGUCACGCCCACGUACAUGAUCCGUCGCAACCAGUGGAAGUUUACCUACUCUCUUGUAGACGGCCCACAACUCUACAAUCUUGUGGAAGACCCGCAAGAGCUGCAAGACCUCGCUACCUCGACGGAGCCUCAAAACCAGAAGAUGCUAGCCAAGUUUGAAGCCGAGGCGCGCGAGAAGUGGGACUUCAAGACCAUCCACAACGACGUUGUGCGAAGUCAGCGCAUGCGCCAGCUUGCUUGCAGCGCGUUGAAGAUUGGCCGCAAGGAGUCUUGGGACUACCAACCGCCGGCCAAUGACAAAGACCGCUUCAUCCGUUCCCACAUUCCUCUUGAUGAGCUUGAACGUCGCGCCCGCUUCCCGAUCGUGGAUUAUCUGGGCCGCGAGAAGUCAGCUUCAGCAUCUCAUCAUGGUCUUGCUGGGGCCAAGGGCCAGUGAGAGUACGCUCCCGUGUUGAGCGCGCAUGACGAUUUCCUUCUUCGACCAAUUUGUGUCGCUACCGAUGCUGGAUGUCUCCAACAUUUCAACACUACUUUGUAGCGUCUUCUCCUUAUGUCUUCUAGCGACUCAUGGCGUUAUGAAUUUACGGCGCGGGAUGUGUACUACCGAGCGCUCUGCAUGCAGCGUGAUCAGAAUGAGCCGCAUUAAUGGUGUUUGGGAGCAUUUGAAGGCGUGUCGUCUUGGCGAUUUAUCUGAUAUUCAUGAGGCCCAGAGCGAGACACAGACGAUGAUCAGCCUAGCUAUCUCUAACAAGUAUGAUAAUAAAAACUUGAUAAGUUAUCUUCAUCAUGAUGUAAAAAAAAAGGAAUAUGCUACUAUCGAGCGUUCUGGAUUAAGUGUUGUGAUAUUUGAAAGAGGGGAGAGG